CAUGAAGAGGAAAUGAAGAGUGGGAACAAAACUUCUUUGGCAGACUUCAUUCUGCUGGGACUCCUGAGCCGGACCAAAGUGCAAAAGUUCUCCCUGGCCAUAAUCUUAUUAGCCUUCAUCAUUGCCUUGUCUGGCAAUGCUCUCCUCAUACUUCUAAUCAAAGUGGAUUCCUCCCUUCACACCCCCAUGUACUUUUUCCUAAGUCAGUUGGCCUUCAUGGACAUCUGUCAGACUCUGAUUGUUGUUCCCAAAAUGGCAGCAGACUUCCUGACCCCAGGCAACCCCAUUUCUCCAGCUGGCUGUGGGGUUCAGAUUUUCCUCUCCUUGGCAAUGGGUGUAUCGGAGUGUCUCCUUCUGGCAGUCAUGGCUUAUGACAGGUAUGUAGCCAUUUGCAAUCCCUUGCAAUACCCCAUCCUCCUGAGCAGGAGAGUCUGCCUGGGCGUGACAAGUGGGGUUUGGAUCGGAGCAUCUGCAAAUGCCUUGAUUCUUACAGCUUCUACAAUGCACCUGCCCUACUGUGGCACUAAAGAGAUUAAUCACUUCUUCUGUGAGAUCCCAGCCCUGCUCAAAUUGUCCUGCUCUGACACAUCCCAAUAUGAGACUCUGCUGUUUAUGUGUGCCAUUGUUUUGCUCCUCGUCCCCUCUUCUGUUAUCCUAGCCUCUUAUGCUCGCAUCCUUGCUGCAGUCCUAAGGAUGAAGUCAACCAAAGGACAGCAGAAAGCUCUGGCCACUUGUUCCUCCCACCUGACUGUGGUGGGCAUGUUUUACGGGGCAGCCAUCUUCAUGUACAUGAGACCCAGCUCCUACCACUCCCCAGAGCAAGACAAGAUUGUGUCUCUGUUUUACACAAUUGUGCCCCCAGUACUGAAUCCACUCACCUACAGCCUGAGAAACAGGGAUGUCUUAAGAGCCCUAAGAAAGCUGUUUGGAAAUUGCAGAGUCUUCCAACAAAAUUGA